GGCUCCGCCCUUCCGCCCGCAGCCUCAACCUCACCCUCUGCCUCCCCCGCCCUACCCCAGCCCAAGAUGGCCGCUGCCGCGCUGCUUGUCCGGGAGGCGUUCUUGCCGCCGGCGGCGCGACUCUAUGGUGCGGCGCGGCGCGGCGCGGGGCCGGGCCGGAAGCUGGAGGGGCGGGCGGCGGCGCUGGCGCUGUGGGAAGAGACGGAGGCUGUCGGUGGGGCUGCGGCCGGCGUGGAGACUCGAGCCCAGACCCCUCCCCCAGCGGAGCGGGCAAGGCAGAAAAUGUUCUGAAGAAUAAACUGGACGGUGCCUGUUGGAAUUAAGUUGUCUGAAAAACCUCUGUUCACCCUAAGGCCUGUUUGACACCGAGAGAGCUUCCACAACGGCCUAAUUCUGCAAGUGAUGGGCUCGGAGAACAGUGCUUUAAAGAGCUGCACACUGGAAGAGCCACCAUAUACGUUACCGACUGGACUCACAAUUUACCCAGCUGCAUUGCAAGAUGGCAAGCUUGCCUCGGUCUUUGUGUAUAAAACAGAGAAUGAAGAUACAGUUAAUAAAGCUGCCAAGCACCUGAAAACCUUGCGCCACCCAUGCCUUUUGCGCUUCCUCUCUUGUACCGUGGAAACAGAUGGGAUUCACCUGGUUACAGAGCGUGUAAAGCCUUUGGAGAUGGCGCUGGAGAUGCUCUCCUCUGAUGAGAUCUGUGCAGGGAUCUAUGACUUAUUGCUAGCUCUCAUCUUCCUUCAUGACAGGGGAAACCUAACUCAUAACAACAUCUGUUUAUCAUCUGUAUUUGUAAGUGAGGAUGGGCACUGGAAACUAGGAGGAAUGGAAACAGUCUGCAACCUUAAUGAAGCCACCCCAGAGUUCCUGCAUGCUAUCAAGUCAGUGCGGGACCAGGCAGCCAUCCCUCCUGAAGAGAUGUCUGCAGAUUUCAAAAUUCUUCCUGAGAGCCAUGGACAUGCCCGGGAUGCCUAUUCAUUUGGAACAAUGGUUGAAAAUCUGCUGACGUUCUUAAAUGAUCAGGUUUCAGCGGAUAUUCUCUCCAGUUUUCAACAGACCUUGCACUGUACGCUGCUGAAUCCAGAUCCAAAGUGUCGUCCACCACUAUCCGACUUACUGUCUCAUGAGUUCUUCAGGAAUGAUUUUCUAGAAGUUGUGAACUUUCUGAAAAGUUUAACCUUGAAGACUGAGGAGGAGAAAACUGAAUUUUUCAAAUUCCUGAUGGAUAGAGUGGCCUGUUUGUCAGAGAAGCUGAUAGCUUCCCGGCUGGUGCCUCUGUUACUCAAUCAACUUGUGUUUGCUGAGCCAGUAGCUGUCAAGAGUUUUCUUCCACAUCUGCUAGGUCCAAAGAAAGAUAAAAUUGGAGAAAGUGAGACCACCUGCCUGCUGUCACCAGCCCUAUUCCAGACGCACGUCACUCCUGUGCUGCUGAAGCUGUUCGAGGUCCACGAAGAGCACGUGCGAGUGGUGCUGCUGUCUCACAUUGACACCUACGCGGAACUGUUCACGCAGGAAGAGUUGAAAAACAUCAUAUUGCCACAGGUGCUACUGGGCCUUCGAGAUACCAGUGACUCUAUUGUUGCGAUAACGCUGCACGGCUUAGCAGUUCUGGUAUCUCUGCUUGGACCUGAAGUGGUUGUGGGGGGUGGAAGAACUAAGAUUUUCAAACGCUCCGCACCGAGUUUCACUAAAACUACGGACCUUUCGCCAGCAGACUCCCCAACUCAUGUCAGCAACCAGAGAAGCCAGCUCUCCCAGCCCCUGCCGAACAACUCUUCCAGUGUGUUCCCCAAGUGCCCCAUUGCUGGAAACGGGUCCCUCAGCAGCGAGAAACAUGUGCCAAGAAAAGACUCUCAGGUGGCCUUAAAGACAGUUGAACAAGACAUUCUGCUAUCCCUGAAUGGAGAUCCUGCUACGAUGAAUACUGUGGGAAGCAGCAGGAGCCCUUUGAAUACUUCUGAAAAGCCAGCGGAGGAAUGGCCAGACUGGAGCGAGUCCGAAGAGCCAGAGACUCGGAAAACUCUGAACAUACAGCUCCAGCCUAUGGAGCCACAUGGCAGCACUGGGCCCUAUGUGGUUGUUCAUAAUGUGGUCAAGGAACCCUUGGACAACUUUGAGCCCAGCAGCUGUGCCCCUAAACUGUUCUCAGGAAACAGCCUCAAUGCUAUGAGAGCUGAGGGAGUGCAAGUGCAGAGGCCACUCCGUGGUGCCCUUCAGCUGAGCAAAGAAUCCAAAAGCUUCAAACAGAGUCCUCCCCCAAUGUCCAGCCCUGCGAAUUGCUGGAGCAAUGACAGCUGGGACCACCCAGACCAGCUGAGAGAAACACCAUUCCUGGAAAGGUCUCCAAAGUCUCCAGGGGAGUCUGGCUUAGGAGAAGAGUUCACGAUCCAAGUGAAGAGGAAACCAGUGCGAGACCCUGAGUUGGACUGGUUUGCUGACAUGACCCCAGAUAUUAAACCAUCUGCAGCUUUCCUGAUUUUACCUGAAGUAAGGACAGACUCGGUUAUUCUUAGUCACUUAAGUGCAGUUUCUGGUGGAGAGGAUACCUCCCAGAUUGUGCAGUUUUCAUCCAAAUUUGCAGCAGCUGAAGUCACUGAGGCUGAAACUGCAGGCUGGGGUGAAGAAGAGUUGAACUGGGAAGAUACUAACUGGUGACGGAUGGGAAAAGACAAGGGCGAUCUAUGGCCUAUUGCUUCCAUGAUGUGUUAGAUUAUUACCUCACCAACACUAUUUUACCAGGAAGGCAGGUACUUAGGCUGCAUUGGGAUCUUGCUUAAUGCAAGCGCAUCUUCCUGUACAAGAAUGCUCCUUUUCCAGCCUGUGCUGAAGCCAUAUGUAAAAGUGAGGUGCAUAGCACUGGCUAGUGGAAAUUGGACCAGCUUGAAUGGUUUGUGUUUUGGAGCUGAAAAAGAAGAGUGAUUUAUACUUUUCUGUUUCAGGAAUCAUCACUGCUCUAGAAAACUCUCCUUGAAAAUAAAUGAAAAUUGCAUUAGUUCAGAUAAAUUUGAUUAAUGGUUGUGCCAUUUCUUUUUAUUAGAAAAAUAAGCCACAGCGGAGGGGCUCCUUUUAACUUUUUAGAUACAAACUGCAGUGAUUUUAGACUCUACAGUUUACUUGGAUGACCUAUUUAUUGCUGCUCUAUCAGAAUGGAUGGCUGGGUGGGUACAGUGUGCUAGGAGACCAUUACAGGGAAAGUGUUUAACACACAUUGUAUCAUAGCUCUAAAUUCACUCCGCUCUUAAACCUGACCAAUAAAGAUUAUUUUCAAGAGAUCA